UUCACUUUUAUUUUCAAGUUGACGUGUGAGUUUUUCUCAGAAUGUUCACGCUAAAGGUGAAAUUCUUAAUUGCUUUCAUGUGUUUCUUUCGAAGUGCAUUUGGAACAACAGAUGUAGCAUGGUGGGAUUACACAACUAUCGAUAGAACAUGGUGGAAAAACACAACCUUAUAUCAAGUGCUUUUACCAUCAUUCAUGGAUGGUGAUGGGGAUGGUUAUGGAGAUUUGAAAGGUUUAACCUCGAAACUUGAUUAUUUGGUUGAUCUUGGGAUCGAAACUAUAUUAAUAACACCUCAUUGUAAGAGUCCGGAUGUUAAAUACGCUGGCUACGAUAUUAUUGAUUAUGUUGGAGUAAAUCCUUUGUUGGGAACAAUGCACGAUUUUGACGAACUCAUGGAAGAAAUGAAUAAAAGAAAUCUGAAGUUGAUCAUAGAUAUGGUGAUAAAUCAUAGUAGCAACAAGCAUCCUUGGUUUAUUCACUCAGUGAACAAAAAAAAACCAUACACUGAUUACUAUGUAUGGAAAGACCCUGCUGGUUAUGACAGAAAUGGAAAUCCUAUACCUCCUAACAACUGGCAAAAUGUAAUCGAAGGAAGCUCUUGGACGUGGAAUGCAAAAAGAAAACAGUUUUAUCUUCAUCAAUUUAUCAAAGAAAUGCCAGAUUUGAAUCUACGCAAUAUUUAUGUUCUGCACGAAUUCAAGAAAAUAAUGGAGUUUUGGUCCGACAAAGGUGUCGCAGGCUUCAGGUUAGACGCCUACGAACAUUUCGUAGAAGAUGCUGAAUUUCGGAAUGAACCAAUGCUCAAUCUUUCAACUCCAGUAAUUAAAACUCGAUAUGAUCAAGUAAAUAUGUUCACACAGCAUGUAGACGACAGCCUCGAGGUCGUACACAAACUUAGACAGAUUACUGAUUAUUUAACAAUAAAGAGCGGAGAUUUUGAAAGGAUUCUAGUACCAGAGUCAAACAGUCGAAAAAAGGAAUUGUAUCGAAUAUACGGAUCAAGCGAUUACAAAUUAGUUCACUUUCCUCUGAGUUAUUGGAUAACUUGGUCGUAUCAUUACGAAAACGCCUUCUACUAUCGAAACCUGGUGGAUGGUUAUCUAGGCUGUUUACCUCGUGGAUCGAUUGCCAACUGGGUUUCAGAAAAUCAUGACAUACCUAGAAAAGCGCAAGUAUUUAACGAAGAAUAUGAGUUAAUUUUGACAACAAUGGUUUUGCUGCUACCUGGAGUAGCGUAUAUUUAUUAUGGACAAGAGUUGGGAGUGGCAGGAUGGCGCUUUCCUGAUAAGAGUAUAGAAUCUCAGAGACUUCCAAUGAUCUGGGACGAUAGUACGAAUGCAGGAUUUACCAACAAUAAUUCUAAACCAUAUCUGCCAAUAAGUCCUGAUUAUCGAAAGAACAAUGUAAAGAAACAGAAGGCCGAGAAAGAUAGUCAUUACAAUAAAGUGAAAACCAUGAUAUCAUGGAGAAAAUCCGAUGUCCUCAAAUAUGGUGAUGUUAAAUCGUACGUGCUUUCUGAUUGGGUUUAUUCUUUUACGAGGAGAUUAGAUAAUGAAAUUUAUUUGGCGACGUUCAAUUUGGGAAAUACAACGGAAUUUGUCAAUCUAAGACAAUCAAUAGAAAAAUUACCUCAUCGAAUGGUCGUAAAAUUAGCUAGUAAUAAUUCAGAUUAUGAAACGGGCGAUGUAAUAAACACCAAACGAAAAUUCAGAUUGGAGCCCCAAUCAACAGUGGUACUCUACCCUAAAAGGAUUCGAGUGGACUGAAAAAAAAAUGUGCCCGGUUAUUCUAAUGCUGGAAUUUUAGAAUAUUCACAAAAUAAUAUAAGUAUAAAUAGUUCUUGAAAACUUGAUUUGAUUUUUU